UUUAAUAUAACAUGAUUUUUUGCUUUUUGAGUGGCAGUUGUAGAAUUUAAAAGAGAGAAAAUUGGGUCCGCACAGUAUCGCAGCUGUAAAAUCAAUCUCUCCAUAAUCACACCUUUGCUUUUCUUUCCUUCCCCACAAAACCAAAAGGAUAAGAUUAUAUGAUAACAACUCUACCAUUCCCACAAACUCGCUCGCUUCUUCUUCUUCUCACUAAUCACAAUGAUACCUUUCCUCUCCCUCAACACCACCUCUCCUUCUCUUUCCUUAUCCCUUUCAUUCCCCUUCUUCUCUCCUUUCAAAUCCUCUCCUCUCCGCACCCACCGUUUCCCUAUUCUCUCUCUCCCUAACAACCCUUUUCACCAGUCCAUCAAUCAGAGCUUGCCUACUCAGCAAUCCCAGCAGUCGCCGAGAACCCUUUUUCCUGGCGGUUAUAAGCGUCCCGAGAUUAAGGUGCCCAGCAUUGUUCUCCAGCUUUACCCUGAUGACGUGUUGCGUGACGGUGCAUUGGAUUUUCUUGAUAAGGCGCUUUCUAAAUGGGUCGGUAUCGUUGUCCUUAAUGGUGCUGACGUCACUGGCAAGACUCUUUAUGAGGCUGCUUGCUUGUUGAAGUCUGUUGUUAAGGAUCGUGUUUAUUUUUUGAUUGGUGAGCGCGUCGAUAUUGCUGCUGCUGUUAAUGCUAGCGGCGUUGUUCUCUCUGACCAAGGUCUUCCUUCCAUUGUGGCAAGAAACAUGAUGAGGGAUUCCAAAUCUGAAUCCAUACUUCUCCCAUUGGUGGGCAGAAAUGUGCAGUCUCCUACGGCUGCUCUAGAUGCGUCUAACUCUGAAGGUGCUGAUUUUCUUAUAUAUAGUCCUGAGCAGGAGGAACAUUUUGAUCUUAAAAUAUACUCUGGAUUUGCUGAUGUGAAAAUACCAAUCUUUAUUAUUCACGGCUCACGUAGACCAGCCAUGUCAGUUAUGGAGGCAUCUGAAUUGCUGAAAUCUGGUGCUGGUGGUUUAGUUAUGUCGUUGGAAGAUUUGAGGCUAUUUAGCGAUGAGUUUUUGAGCCAAGUAUUUUACACCCUGAGUGCAAUGGAGAACAAAUCAGAGAAUGGGCUUGAAAGCUUCAAUAAGCAUAAAUCAUUGGAUAUAGGAAAUGAUGUUCAUGGGAAAAAGAGGGUGGCUGGCUUUGUUAAUGUGGAGGAUAGGGAAAAACAGCUCAUAGAAACUGAGAGAUCGGUAUUACUUCAAGCUAUUAAUGUUAUUCAGAAAGCUGCUCCUCAGAUGGAGGAGGUCUCACUUCUAAUUGAUGCGGUUUCUCAAAUUGAUGAGCCAUUUUUACUGGCUAUAGUGGGUGAAUUUAAUUCCGGUAAAUCAACUGUUAUUAAUGCACUUCUUGGGGAAAGAUACCUUAAAGAGGGUGUUGUUCCUACAACCAACGAGAUCACUUUCUUACGCUAUUCUCAGUAUAAUUCUGAAGAGCCACAACGAUGUGAAAGACAUCCAGAUGGUCAAUAUGUAUGCUACCUCCCUGCUCCAAUUCUUAAUGAAAUGAAUAUUGUUGAUACACCAGGGACCAAUGUCAUUCUCCAAAGGCAACAGCGCCUGACUGAGGAGUUUGUGCCUCGUGCAGAUUUGCUUCUUUUUGUCAUUUCUGCUGACCGCCCUUUAACUGAAAGUGAGGUUGCUUUUCUUCGUUACACUCAACAGUGGAAGAAGAAAGUUGUGUUUGUGUUAAAUAAAUCUGAUCUCUAUCAGAAUGCCAGUGAGCUUGAGGAAGCUAAAUCAUUCAUCAAGGAGAAUACAAGGAAAUUGCUGAACACUGAAAGUGUAAUAUUAUAUCCAGUGUCUGCUCGGUCUGCUCUUGAAGCAAAAUUGUCAGCUUCUUCUGACAGUGAAAGGGAUUAUACAGAAUCAUUAAAUUCAGAAUCUCACUGGAAAACAAGUAGUUUUGACGAAUUUGAAAAGUUCUUGUAUAGUUUCUUAGAUGGCUCAACAGAAACAGGAAUGGAAAGAAUGAAGCUCAAACUCGAAACACCAAUUGCAAUUGCAAAUUGUAUUAUUUCUUCUUGUGAGGCUUUUGUAAAACAAGAAACACAAUAUGCUGAGCAAGAUCUGGCCACUGUAUCUGACAUUGUUGAUAGUGUGAAAGAUUACACUUUGAAGAUGGAAAAGGAUAGCAUCUCUUGGAGAAAAAAAGCUUUGUCCAAGAUUGAAACAACAAAAUCUCGCGUCCUGGAGCUUAUAGAAUCUACUCUACAAAUAUCAAAUCUUGAUCUUGCCACCUCAUAUUUAUUAAAAGGGGAAAAAUCUACCAUGACACCAACUUCGUUAAGGGUGCAACAUGAUAUAAUUGGUCCUGCAGUUUCAGAUGUACAAAAACUGCUUGAAGAGUAUGCAUUGUGGUUAAAAUCAAAUAGUGCUCAUGAAUUGAAGCUUUACAAAGAAGCUUUCGAAAAAAGAUGGCCUUCCAUAAUCAAUCCAGACUCACGAAUGCAUUCUGAGACUUAUGAGUUGCUGGAAAAAGCUGAUGACCUUGGCUUGAAAGCGAUACAGAACUUCAGUACUGCUGCAGCUUCCAAGCUGUUUGAACAGGAAAUACGUGAAGUGUACUUGGGAACUUUUGGAGGACUAGGAGCUGCUGGUUUAUCUGCUUCUCUUCUUACAUCCGUGCUACCUACCACUUUGGAAGAUCUUCUUGCUCUUGGCCUUUGUUCUGCUGGAGGGUUUAUAGCAAUUUCAAGUUUCCCAUACCGUAAGCAAGAAAUGGUAGAUAAAGUAAGAAGGAUCGCAGAUGGCUUGAUGCGUGAAGUUGAAGAGGCAAUGCAGAAGGAUCUCUUGGAAACUCUUGUGAAUUUGGAUAACUUCUUAAAAAUUAUCAGCAAGCCUUACCAAGAUGCAGCACAACAGAGACUAGAUGACCUUUUAAAUAUUCAAAAUGAAUUAUCAGAAAUGGAGGAAAAAAUCAGAACUUUGCAAGUCGAAAUACAAAAUCUUCAUUUAUCAUGAAUUAUAUACUAAAUCUCAUCACUAGUUGAUGCAAGUGGGAGGUCUAUUCUUGUAACGGCGACAACAUAUCAGGUGUAAACUAAAUGUAAAUUCUUUUCAUGCAUCAGUAAGAAACAUCAACUUAUUUGA